CUAGAUAUCUAGAGCAAUUCCCCUCCAACAUCCCACCCUCCUCCCCUUACCUCAUUUCUACUUCUACAACUAAAAACAAAUCAUUGGCAUACUGGCUAAUUGCAAAAUGACUCGAUCCGAGCCCUCCGAGAGAAAAAGCCACAAGCACCGCAAGAGCCAGCUCAAUGGCCACAGCGGCUCCAGCGACCUGAGCGAGGCCGAAACCGCGAGCCAGUCCAGCAGCAAGCGGGACUCUUCCAAGAAGCGCAAAGGCACCGACGACGAUGCCAGAGUUAACGGCCACCCUGCCAAAAAGACGCGCCGCCCCAGUCUAACCCAGCCGGCGCGCGACCCGCGCGACACAUUCACCACCAAACCGGCCAAGAAGAAGUCCAAAGCUAAGACGGAGGGAACAUUGACAAGGUCCCCGAGCCCGGUGAUUGACUUUGACGGCCUGAGUCGCCCGAGCCGUGGAACACGCGAGCGACUCGAAGAAUCCCCCGAGCAGGCCGCCAUCCGUCUCGAGAAGCUCCAGGGCGCCGUCCGUACGAUUCUCGAAUGCGUCGGCGAGGACCCCGACCGCCCGGGCGUGCUGGACACCCCGAGACGCUACGCCAAAGCCAUGCUCUUCCUGACCCGCGGCUAUCAGGAGAACGUCAAGGACAUUGUCAACAACGCCAUCUUCCAGGAGGGCCACAACGAGAUGGUCAUUGUCAAGGACAUUGAGGUCUUUAGCAUGUGCGAGCAUCAUCUCGUACCCUUCACCGGCAAGAUGCACAUUGCCUACAUCCCGAAGAACCAGGUCAUCGGCCUCUCGAAGCUGCCCCGCAUCGCCGAGAUGUUCAGCAGGCGGUUCCAGAUCCAGGAGCGCCUGACCAAAGAGGUGGCCUACGCCAUCAUGGAGAUCCUCCAGCCGCAGGGCGUGGCCGUCGUCAUGGAGUCCAGUCACCUGUGCAUGGUAAUGCGCGGCGUGCAGAAGACGGCGGCGAGCACAAUUACCAGCUGCGUGCUGGGUGCCUUUGAAAAGAAGGAGAAGACGCGCAACGAGUUCCUCAGCCUGGUGGGGUUGAAGAAAUAAAGAGAUACAUGCACUAUACCCACUGAGACCUGUCUCGCCCUUCGACAGCAGUGGGUGGUAUUCGUGCCAGAUUCCCUUUACCACUUAUUUUGCGGAUUUGAGGCGUUUCGGUUUAAACUGGGCAUGCAUCAUGACCAACUGGAGAGACCAUGUUUUCAACACUGGGUCAACAAGCGCGUUUGGCGGGGUUUUGGGAGGUAGAUUUUUCAUGAGAAGAGAGAGCUCAACGCUCGUUCAGGAUCUAAAAGAUUUUUCACAGCGCGAAUAAUACAAAAACAACCGACUGCACGUCGCAGGUCGGCCACCGCCAUGUCGGUCGUCUUCUGUCAUGGUGCGACAGACGGUCUCGGGAGUCGGGAGAGCGGUGAGGUCUCUCUUCUAGUCUGUCUCCCUGCAUUGUGGCUGGCUGCACUGCAUCGCGCGAUGGAGGCGCAGUAAAACAUGUCCAGUGAGCGACUGGGAAAGACACAGGAGCUAUGCCACGCACAGAGCAAAGCUCAUGCGGGGGACAGAAGAAAUAGAAACGAAAUCCAGGCAAGGAACUGGGGAGACGUUUCAGU